UUUUUCCCCCCUAACGCUGAUUUUCCCGCCGCUCUCACUCCAUUACAAAAAUCCUUAGAUCCCCAAAUCUUCAUUUCAUCAAUCCUCAAUCUCUCUAUCUCUCUCUCGAUCCUCAAAUUCAAUCUCUUAACCAAUUUCGUAACCAUGAAAGACAUCUCUAAAUCUCCGGCGAGAAGAAACGACGGAUUCCACCGCUACUUGAAACCAGGAGCUCUUGCACAGAUCCGAAACUCGAGGAUCAACGGUAGAUCUACUUCUGUUACAUCUCUCGUGUCUCGAUCCCUCUCGCAACCACUCGAUCCGAUUACACCAUCUCAGAACUCUGCCGAUGAUGAAGCAGCGACGGCGGCGGCGCGGAGUCUGACGAUUGAUCAGGUACCACAUCUUCUGAGAAAGAUCUACGGUCCUUAUAGUUAUCAGAGGAAGAAAUUAGGCGCUGCUAGAUCUGUCUCGUCGAUGAUGAUGAUGAACAUUAAUCCUCCUAUAAACUCAGUUCUUGUUGAACCCAGUAGUAGUGUGUUGAAUAGUGAUGUUAUUGCUCAUUGAGAGUUUUAAAAUCUAGUCUCUCUUCCGAAUCUGUAAUCUCAUGUUACAAUUUGGGUAUAAUGUUCAAUACUCAUUAUAUAAUCAUUAAAUUUUCAAUAAAUUAUGUGUGUUUAAUCAUACAAUUGAUGAUAAUUUAACCUCUGUUAAUUUAA